CGUCAGUCCGUCAUGACCUGAAGUACCAGGCUAGUCGAGUAGUGGCGCUUUGCUCUUCCUAACAUUGCCAACAAUUGGCAAACAUCUGUGAUUUGACAGCUGAUAGGUGACAACUGUGAACUGACAACUCUGAACUCUGAUUAAGGGAUAGGCUGUGACAAAAUCAGUUCACAACAAUGAAGCCAUAUAAAUAACAAUCAAAAAAACUAUUAACAGAUUUACUAGAUGUUCUAUUUUAAAACGUCGUUAAAUUUUUUUGAAAAAAAAUGAACGAAAGCUCAGGAUUCGGUGAGUUGCAACAGUUAGUUCAAGAAGAGGAAGGUGAAGAACCAUUAAGUCGAGGAGGUGAAGCAACACCACCAUCAACACCAGCAAGAUCUCAUCGAGUUAGUAAAAUUGUCCCAGAUACUUCCUACUCUGCACCGCAACAUAUUUUGUGGGAAAACAAUGCUCACAGCUCGCCAAUUGUUAGCAAAACAAGUUCUGGUCAUGCGACGACUAGUCAAGGUUCCAUGAUAUCAGGCAAAGCUCAUAACUCUUCAUCAAGUCAUCCAGGUAAUCAAUCACGAUUGGUUUAUGUAAAUGAAAAGGAAAAACAACGACCACCUAGACCAGAACCACCGAAAAUAAAUAAACAACACAAAGACAUAGAAACACAAUAUCCCAAGCACCAUUCAUUUUUAUCAGAAGUACCAGAUGUACGUCGAAUGGAGCAAGCUCUUUUGCACUUGUUGGAAGAUUUUCACAGUGGUAAUCUUCGUGCAUUUGGGAAAGAUUGCAGUAUGGAGCAAAUGACAGAAAUUCGAGAACAACAAGAAAAACUAGCAAAAUUACAUUUUGAAUUGGGACAACGUCAAGAUGGUAUUGGAGGUGAAACUGCUGGUCUUCGACAAUCAAGUGCCAAUACUCGACAUUUGCUUGAUAAACUUCAGCAGCUCAGUGUCUGUAUUGAAAAAUUACAUAGCAAAUGAACAAUAAAAUAUAUUGUGAUACGUGUGAAUAAUAUAAUUAAACGCAAUUAAUUGAUAUGGACUUGAAAAUAAUAAUAAUAAUAAUACGAUAAAAUAUAUGAGAAUAUAUAUAUUUUAAUAAACAACAUUAGUAAAUUGCCAAAAA